AAGCCCGCGCUCGCGCGGUCGCCUCGAUGGCGGUUCCGCAGGGGAUAUGGUGCUUUGUGUACGGUAUAGGCAUCAUCGGUAUGCUUGGCAUGUACGGCGUGAUCCAAGAGAAGAUCAUGACCGUUCCCUACGGCAAGACCGACACGUUCGAGGGCGAGAUGUUCAAGGCAUCGCUCUUCCUCGUUUUUGCCAACCGGAUUGUGGCCAUUGUGUACGGCUGCGGCAUGACUUGGUUGAAGGGAGAGGAGUUUGGACCCAAGGCCCCUCUGUGGAAGUACUUAGCGAUAUCCUUCUCCAACGUCGCAGCCACCUACUGUCAGUACGAGGCCCUUAAGUGGGUGUCUUUCCCAGUGCAGAUGCUCGGAAAGAGUUUCAAGAUGAUGCCUGUCAUGGUUUGGAGCAUCAUUAUUUCGGGAAAGAAGUAUGGGAUCAAGGAUUGGCUCAUUGCAGCUGGUGUGACUUGGGGUGUGACGCAGUUUUUGCUCACUGGCUCCAUCAAGUCCAAGCACGGCGACGCGAGCACCAGUGUUUACGGCUUGUUGCUAAUGCUUGGUUUCUUGGGUUGCGACGGAUUCACCUCCACUUUCCAGGAGAAGGUCUUCAAGGACUGCAAGACCACCAAGUACAACCAGAUGAUGUACGUCAACGCUGGCUCAGCUUGUGUUUCCGGCGCCAGUUUCCUAUUGUCAGGCGCCGCCCCGAGCACCAUUGCUUUCUGCGCCAGGUAUCCGGACUUUCUGUUCCAGGCGAUGACCCUCAGCGGCGCCGCCGUGGGCGGGCAGUUCUUCAUCUAUUCGCAGGUUAAGGAAUUCGGUGCUCUGGUGUUGGCCGCGACCAUGAACCUUCGGCAGGUAAUAUCCAUCAUGGUGUCGUACUUGCUAUAUGGUCACAGCAUCACGCUCCUGCAGGUCCUAGGGCUUGUGUUGGUGUUCGCGUCGCUGUUCUACAAGACGUACGAGGGGUACAAGGCCAGCCAGAACAACCCUCCGAAGUCUACCAAGCCGGUCACAAUCGAGACAGCGGCGGAUCAAGACGAGGACGACAAGACGCCGGGCGCGGAGAGGGUGGGCAAGAGCGUCGAUGCAUGA